GCGGCAGGAUGAAGCUGGUGAGGAAGGACAUCGAGAAGGAUAACGCGGGGCAGGUGACCCUGAUCCCCGAGGAUCCCGAGGACAUAUGGCACACCUACAAUCUGCUGCAGGUGGGCGACAGCCUGCGGGCAUCCACCAUCCGCAAGGUGCAGACCGAGUCCGCCACCGGCAGCGUGGGCAGCAACCGCAUCCGCACCACCCUCACCCUCUGCGUGGAGACCAUCGAUUUCGACUCGCAGGCCUGCCAGCUGCGGGUCAAGGGGACCAACAUCCAGGAGAAUGAGUACGUCAAGAUGGGAGCCUACCACACCAUUGAGCUGGAGCCCAAUCGCCAGUUCACGCUAGCCAAGAAGCAGUGGGACAGUGUGGUGCUGGAGCGCAUUGAGCAGGCCUGCGACCCAAGCUGGAGCGCUGACGUGGCAGCAGUGGUCAUGCAGGAGGGUCUGGCUCAUAUCUGUCUCGUUACCCCCAGCAUGACACUGACCCGGGCCAAGAUUGAAGUGAACAUUCCCAGAAAACGAAAGGGUAAUUGCAGUCAACAUGACCGAGCGCUGGAGAGAUUCUAUGAGCAGGUGGUGCAGGCAAUCCAGCGUCAUAUCAACUUUGAGAUCGUGAAAUGUGUUCUGGUGGCCAGUCCGGGAUUCGUAAGAGAACAGUUCUGUGACUACAUGUUCCAGCAAGCAGUCAAGACUGACAACAAGCUGCUGCUUGAGAACCGGUCCAAAUUCCUUCAGGUCCACUCCUCCUCCGGACAUAAAUAUGCGCUGAAGGAAGCUCUUUGUGACCCAGCUGUGGCCAGCCGUCUCUCUGACACGAAAGCAGCUGGUGAGGUCAAAGCCUUGGAUGACUUCUACAAGAUGCUGCAACAUGAGCCUGAUCGGGCUUUUUAUGGCCUCAAACAUGUGGAAAAAGCCAAUGAGGCCAUGGCCAUUGAUACCCUGUUGAUCAGUGAUGAGCUCUUCAGGCACCAGGAUGUGGCUUCUCGCAGCCGAUAUGUGCGGCUGGUAGAUAGUGUGCGGGAGAACAUGGGCACAGUGCGCAUAUUCUCCAGCCUCCAUGUGUCUGGGGAGCAGCUUGGCCAGCUGACAGGGGUAGCAGCUAUCCUGCGUUUCCCUGUUGCUGAGCUCUCUGACCAAGAGGAGGAAUCCAGCUCUGAAGAGGAUUGAUGACGAUGGCUCACUCCACCCUUCCCUCAUAGCAUAAUAAGACUAAAAUGACAGUCACGGCACUUCCUUUCCAAAUACUGCAAGCAGAUGUUCCAUGGCAUGCAAUUUAACUUUUUGAGAACAAUAUUUUUAAGGUGUCUGGUUUUGUUCAACACGCUCUACUGGAUAGCCAUAUAUAUUUGCACUUGCUGUGGUAAUGAUGAUGAUGGGUAUACUAUAGGUUGGGGUUGACCAUUGUUUGUACAAACUACACUCUGGAUCUCCAAGAGCACAACAAACUAAUAUAAAAUUCUCUGAUUUGGUUCCUGAAAGCUGCUGAUUAGGUAUUUUAAAGCAGAUGAGUUUCUUUGCCUUUUGGUGAAUGUACAAAAAAGGAUAAUAAAUGAAGGGGAAAAAAACUCUAAAAUGCCACAUUUUUCUGCUUUGAGUUAUGUGAUUGCAAACAGUACUGCAAAGUAUGGGAAGCAACGUGUUAGGUAUCACAUUAUAAAGAAUACUGAUACUUUUCAAUCAGCUAUCCAAGGUUUGUCCAUGUGAAGGGCUAUGUUGACAACUUGGUCAGGAACCCAGGGGCCAUACCUUACUGAUGUAAAACGGAGUAGAUUGCAGUAGGGAUGGGAAGAAUACCAGAUGUGGAUCUGUCUUCGUCACGAGUCCAGCCAUUUGGCUGAAUUUGGUAAUAUUUAAUACUGUUCUAUCAGAAAUGGAAACUUUAAAAAAAAAAACCCUGAAUUGACAGUAUCCCUUUAGACAUGAUGGCAACUGCAGGCCAAGGUGUGAAGCUGUAUGUGCCAUGCUUUUAACAUUUCUUUAAAUGCACUACCUCAGAUCCCUGUCAUGUGAGCUCCAGAAAGUUGUACUAUAUGCUGAUGCUGCAAACCCUUACUUGCAUGAGUAAGGUUUGCAGAAUUAAGUCCAUAGCUUCCCCAGGAAUCCUUUUGGCAAUAGAUAAAUGGCUUGCAUUACAAUCUCAUAAUCUGGUAUUCUCAAGUAGAUGUUUUUAAAAACAGGUAUGUACAAUACAAUACCUCUUGGAAGUAGAAGAUCUAAUUAGAGGCAGGACUUGGGCCUUUUUGAAGAUAAUGAUGGUUAGAAAAAGUUAACUUAGUUAUUUCCCAAUUGUAUUUAAUCUAUUUAUCCAUAUUUAUUAAAGGUGUUCAGAAUUGAGGUGAUCAAAUGGUAAUCCAAUAUUUCCUGGAGUUUAUAGUUUGGAAAAAAAGUUUAGCCGGAGGGGAAUCUUCAGAAUCUGAAACACAAUUAAGGUGGCGUUUGGGAUGCGGUGUGUGUGUGUGUGUGUCAAGAGUAAUAGUGUAAUUUUUACAUAUAAAUAAUACUCAGUUUUUAUAAGGAUGUUGUCAGGCAAGGCAUGGCCCCAAAUUUAGGUUUUUUGUUUUUGUUCUUUAAAUACUAACUGUUAAAACUCAAGUUAGGGGCAGCCCUUGAGUUAUAACUUGAAUUAACUUUGCAGUGAGUUGCAGUGGUCCACUUUGGAAAUCUGAUUAUAGGGAUCUUGGCCUUAGAGCCCAAUCAUGCGAGGUCUUGAACGCCCUCAACUCCUAUUGAACGUUUAUCUAUUUGAGGAAUUAUAAGUAAUCACUGAAAUUUUCUGUAACAAUUAGCACCG